UAUUGACGGCUUAUCAAGGGGACGUCUCAUCGAGAAACCGUGCCGGUCGGUAAGGGGCGAUGACGGUGCCCUCGGCCCAUGAGUUUCACUGGCAGAGCCUGGCUUCUCUUUCCAGUGCCCGCGUGUAUCACUCGUUGGCUGAUGUCGGUGGGCAGCUCUAUAUGGUAGGGGGUUGCGAUGCUUCGGGUCGACCCACCAGCGCUCUCGAGCGCUACUCUCCGGAGGUAGACCGAUGGAUAAGUCUUUCUUCGAUGCCAACGCCGAGAGCAGGGGCAGCGGUGGCUGUCUUAGGCAGACAGCUUCUGGUGGUCGGAGGAAUGGGAAAGGAUCAGCGCCCCCUAAAGGCAGUGGAGGUGUACAACACAGAUGAAGGCAAAUGGAGGAAGAGGUGUUCGCUCAGAGAAGCAUCUAUGGGACUUUCGGUCACUGUUAAAGAUGGCAGAGCUCUUACUGUUGGGGGAAUGGGAGCCGACCUCCUGCCCAGAAGUGUUCUCCAACAGUACGACCUUCGCAAGGACGUUUGGGCACUGUUGCCGCCCAUGCCCACCCCUCGAUACGACACCAGCGUCUGCCUACUGGGCUCCAAGAUUUACGUGGCAGGUGGACGUCAGUGCAAGCGUUUGGUGAAGGCUUUUGAAGUCUUUGACAUUGAAACCCGUAGCUGGUCUACUCUACCCAGCCUGCCCUGCAAGAGAUCUUAUUCGGGGGUGUUAUGGGACAGCGCAGGGCGUCUCUGCUGGUUAGGAGGACUCAGACAAGGAGGAAUACACCAAAGUUCAAAGUUUACCAAGAACGUUAACAUCUUUGACACCAACCAAGGAUUGUGGCUGAAAUCAGAGGACACCGUACCCUUGAAAACUAAGCGAGCAGACUUUGCCGCAGCAAUAGUUCGAGGCAGAAUGAUUGUGGCAGGGGGUCUGGGGCAUCAGCCGUCGGUGCUGGACACUGCUGAAGCUUUCCACCCCGAUAAGAGAAAAUGGGAGAGGCUGUCACCCAUGGCCACGCCUCGUUGCUCUGCGUCCAGCAUCGUGAUCCGUGAUCGCCUAUUGGUGGUGGGAGGUGUCAAUCAAGUCCCUAGCUCCGCCCAUGAGAUUCUAUAUGUAAAAGAGGAGGAGAUUCUUUAAUCGCUGAUUGUUUCUAUUUAGAUGAGAGACAAAAGCUGCCUUCGAAGAUCGGGUAAUUGUUACACUUAGGCCUGAAACACAAAGUAUGCAAACACAGAUGCAAAUGUUUGGCUAUGGUAUUGUAAGCCAGCUGUCUCUUACGUUGUGUGUUAAUGCUUUACUUCGGUGAUAACAAACCUCGAGAUGACAGUAGAGUUACCGUCAAAUGUUUGUGCCAAAAUGUUGCCUUCACAUCGGAAAAUUUCUCCCCCGCCUCCUUUUGAAGUCAUGAGGUCCUUUGCUGUAUAAUUGCAAUGUAAAUUGCAUCUUGAAUUCAAUUUUGAUAUAUUUUGGAAUGCUACGCAUGAAAUCAAAUUUCGCAUAACUAACAUUCACAUGCUUGCAUGGAGUAUGUUUCGGGCCUAACGUCUGUACAACAAGGUUCUCCGAUGCUAGACUGUUUAUAUGAAUAAGCUACACUAUCGUCUGAUGAUUGCACAUAAUAAGCACAAUGUUAGAAACAACACAGAUGUAUUUGAAGCUUAGGGUUCGUGCCAUUUUUACAGAGCGCACAGCAACGACAAUCCGCUUCCUAAAGCCAACAAGCCCAAACAUUCACCGAGCCAAGAAAAUAAUGAAUAAAUACACUUCAGAAAGAGAUGAAAUAUGUUUGAAAUGAAAUGAAAUGAAUUCAGUCGUGUCUUUAUAGUCGUCUCUGUUGAGAUGUUUAGGGUAUUUGCUAAUAAAUCAACAGCUGUUUUUUAGCAUUAUUGUUUAGUAUUGCAAAUUUAGGGUGUUUAUUGUGCACACCUCCCUGUGAGUUAUAAUCGUUUAGAACAUGCAGAGUUUGGUGGCUUGUAUGGUGAAUAUGUUUAACUAGGUUUAGAUAGUAUUAUCUGAACUGUAGCACACACAUGCAAUUCUUUUUCUAAAAUGUUUACAAGGUUAUUAUUAGCAAUUUAAGGUAGCAUAUUAAAUGUUACUGUAUAUAUAUAUAUAUAUAU